UUGGCAAUUUCCCAUUAGGGUUCAUACUUCCAUUUUCCUCUUCCAAUUUCCCCUCAGAACUCGAACAUGCCGAUCGAAAUGCCCCAAGGCCUCCCUUUUUCAGUGGAUACAUGGACCCCAUCUUCCAAGCAAAAGCGCCACCAUUUUCUAACACACGCUCACAGGGAUCACACCACUGGCAUUGUCCCCCAUUUUUCCUUCCCCAUUUAUUCUACUUUUCUCACCAAAUCCAUCGUUCUUCACCAGUUUCCUCAGCUACAUGAUUCUUUGUUUGUAUGUAUCGAGGUGGGGCAAUCGCUGGUCGUCAAAGAUCCCGAUGGAGCUUUCACCGUUACUGUUUUCGAUGCUCAUCACUGCCCUGGAGCUGUUAUGUUCUUAUUUGAAGGCUAUUUUGGCAAUGUUCUACAUACGGGUGAUUGUAGAUUAACUCCCGAGUGCCUACAGAACUUACCUGAGAAGUAUCGUGGAAAAAGUGGUAAAGAGCCGAGAUGUAAACUGGAUCUGAUUUUUCUAGACUGCACAUUUGGUAGAUUCUUUCAACAAUUCCCUAGCAGGCAUUCAUCAAUACAUCAGAUUAUUAAUUGCAUAUGGAAACACCCUGAUGCUCCGUUGGUAUAUCUGAUUUGCAAUCUUCUAGGACAGGAAGAUAUAUUGCAACAAGUGUCCCAGACAUUUGGUUCAAAGAUAUUUGCUGAUGAAUCCACGAAAGCAGGCUACAAGGCUCUUGAACUUAUAGAUCCUGACAUCCUCACUCAAGAUUCGUCCUCCCGGUUUCAUCUACUUGAUGGAUUCCCUAAACUAUGUCAGACUGCAAGAACACUGCUUGCAGAUGCUCAGAAUCUCUCUGAACCUCUCGUAAUCCGACCCUCUACCCAGUGGUAUGUUCGUGAGGAAGUGUCAGAGAUUUGGAACUCAAGGAAACAAAUAAUUAGUGAAGCAAUUAAAGAUCAACAUGGUAUUUGGCAUGUUUGUUACUCGAUGCACUCGUCGAAGGAAGAACUAGAAUGGGCCUUGCAAAUUUUAGCACCAAAAUGGGUUGUUUCAACCACUCCUGGUUGUCGAGCCAUGGAUUUGGAUUACGUAAAAAAGAAACUCAGUGGUUCUAGUUUAACUUCAAAUGGCCUAAUAUGGAAGCUUUUUGGUAUAGCUGAGGAUAGUUCUUCAGAUUUAGAUGCAUCUGUGAUUGAAGUGAGUUGUUCUUCUGUAGUUGAAGCACCCACUCAAAGAAACGUAGACCCUCAAUCAAAAUCAGUGAAAGUGUAUCCUGUUCCUCAAGAAAUGUUAAACAUUUUGUCUUCAAGCAACUUGCCACCUCUCACAUUAUUUGGACGAGCUAGACUUGCCAUUGAAGAUGCCACUUUGUUUCCAGAAGAAGUUUCAUAUCCAUCUACUGAGAACGAGCCUGUAGAAGCAGUUGGAUAUAAUAUAGCAGACCUGUCCAUUCAUGAUGCCAAGGUUAAACUGAGCGACAAAUCAUCAGCAAAUUCUAAAAAUGAAGUUCACUGCAAAGGAAAACACAAGAAGUUUGCGAAUGAUGCAUUAUCAGCUGACGUCAACGCCUCACUUUACUCAGAUGGAGCUAAGCUCCCUAUUUCUGAGAUACAAGUUUUGUUGACGAACAAUAAUCUGCCAGAAGUAUUCAACAGUGAUGUAGAAGAACAUGUCCAUGAGCAGGAAAGUAGAGUAAAGGAAAAAGAGUCAUCAGACUACUGUAAAGAUGUCUCCAUUAUUCUUGAAACACACGUCGGAAAGAUGGUUAAUAAUGACAGAAUAGCAGCGUGUAGUAAUUCACAUCUUUUAAGUGUUGGUUCUUCAAAGGGAUUUAACGACAAGUUUAGAAAGUUGUAUAGGUCAAUGAAUGUCCCUGUGCCUGAGCCUCUUCCUUCGCUGGUGGAACUUAUGAAAUCUAGAAAACGGGUAAAGAGGAAUGGAUAUUUCUAGUUAUUGCAUAUUAACAACGCCACUAUUCUUUAACAACUUGGAAUUGAUUACAGAUACGAAAGUGAAAAUAAUGGCCAAAGUUGGAUUCAAUAGUCAACUGAUCUUCCUACCUCUAAGGGAAACAUCCUUCCUUUUUUGGUCAGUUGUGGGUGAGGGAUUCAAACCCUGACAGUGGUUCUUAGCCACGUGCUUUAAUCCUUUUGGCCCAUUUUUCUCAAUCUCUCCGACCUUUGUUCCGUAAGAGUGAGUCUCUAGCAAGAAGGAAACACACCAUAGUUCAUUCCCUGUUGGGGAUUCUCCAAGCGAAUGAGGUACACAAAUGUUAUUUGUUGUGUAGUAAAAGAGUUUAGAGGUCAUGAUUAUUGGAGUAUAGAGGUCAUGAUUAUUGUUUACUUAACUUCAAAGUUGGGUAAGCUUUGUGAAAAUAGCAUUCCUGUUUCGUUUUUUCUUAAACCCAUAUUCUUGGUUGCUCAAUGAGUCGAUGUAUAUUAAUAAAUUUGAUAAAUUCAUAUCCUAUACAUGAAUAAAAGAAGCACCAUAUCUUUCAACCCA